GCCACAUUUGUUUGCCGUUCAGUCACAUCGCCCAACUUGCCGCGAGGCCGAGGACAUCAUCUCCAUAUCCUCGACGACGACGACGACCACGCUCCUCCCAUGCAAUUAGGGUCCAGUUCGAAUGCGUCGAGUAACGCCCUGGCAUCAUCGCAUCCGCAGCUCGACAUGAAGAAGCUCAGUCGGUUCUUCGCCGAAGACAAGCCCCCUCGGAAGCGGCUGGCGACCGCGCUCGAGUUUCUCAAGACCAGCACUAGCGAGCAACAAGACCUGUUCUGGGGUGAAGUCGCUCACGGCAGCAUGUUCUUUAGCGUCCUUCACGCGUACCUGACCGAGCUGGAGACGAUGUACGUUGCCCCGGAGAAGAAGAAUCUCAUCGACAAGAUGCGCACCAAGAAGUUCCAAACCGACGAUUGGACCGACGUGUUUGAGGGGUUGGAGGUGCUGAUCAAGUCGAACAAGGGGCUGUUGGCGUCGGGAUGGCAGCACAAUCGGUUCCUUCAGAUCUUCCAGAAACUUCUCCUGGCCGACAACAUUGCGUACAUCAAGAAAUACGCCUUCAGGUGCCUCGCGCUCUACUCGGACAUCCUCAUGGACAUGGACUUUGGCUUGCGCAACACGGCGCAGCUGCUGACGCCGAAUCCUUCCCCCCCUCCAUCUCUGUCGUCGGCUUCGAGCUCGAUCCCGCCUUCGGCCGACAUGGCGGUCAACAUCGGGUUCGGCUUCUCCCACCUCGACCUCCUUGCCGAAUCCAUUGACUUUUCGCCGUAUGCGAGCGGCAACUCAAACGUGGUGCUGCCUAUCCGCGUGUACACGGUCGGGUCUGUCCUCGGAUGGGAGCGCGGGGGGCCGACACAGGCCGAAGAGCCUGUGGACAUGCUCAAGUACGUGAUGGACCUGAGUCUCGAGCGCAGCGACAACAUCUCGGACGUCGACGUCCAGCGCUUCCUCUUUUGGUGCCACGUGCUCAUGCACUCGUACAUGCCGCUUCUGUACCCCAAGACAUGCAUUGACGUCGGGUUCAAGGAGAAAGCCGACAAGGUUGGCUUCUUCCACCACUGCCCCGGGAGCUUUCAGCGCGUGAUGGCGCGAUGGCUGUACAAACUGCGCUCGAAACCCAAGUUUAUGGACGCGCUGUGGGUGCACAAGGAGUACGUGGACGUGAUCAUGGAGACCCUGCGCCAGCGGUUCGCGUACAGAGACCCCGAGCUUAUCCUCGACGGCAUCAAGUUUUACUCCCAGCUGUGCAAAGGCACGCAGUACAUCCCCCCCGCCAUGAAGGACUCAUUCCACGAGAUGCACCGCGCGAUCAUCGCCCACGUGUCCCAAGUAUUUCACCCGAGUGUGCAUUUUGACGACGCCAACAUCUUCAUCGUCGGCGUCGACCUCCUCGAGUUGCUCUCCCAGCAGCCAUUGCACAUCCACUCGUUUGCCGUCCUCCGCAAGGCCAUCUUGGCCACAACCGACGCAUCCUUCUUCUUACGAGACACGCCCCCUGGUCCAUCCAUCUUGGUGCCGAUGGUCGCGGCGGUGUUUCACACGUGGAUGCAUGGGAUGGUACAGCCGAACGGCGCGUCGGUGGACGUGUGGGCUGAGCUCGGCACGAUGGUGCGCAAGUGGCUCACACAUCCGUCCGUGUCGGCGGCAUUUGCGGCCGAGCUCGUCCGGCGGUGGAAGGUCGAAGUGACUGCGAUCUCGGCCCUGGUCCAGUGGUUUUACACUCCCCCUCCAUCGGGUUCGUCAGACAAGGUGCCCCCUCCGACGACAGACCAUCACUUGCACCACGCCAAAGACGUGGCGUUCACGUCGACGUUUGUGGCGCAGCAAGUCGCGCCGACCGUGGACGCGGCGCUGAUCGUCCUCGACCGCCUCCUGCACGUGAUGAGUCCGUCUGCGACACUGUCGAGCCUCAAGCCCCACCUGCUGCUCGCCGUGCAGACCAGCGUCCGUGACAUCGUGUCCCACUGGGUCCUCCACGUCCCCGCGCUCGGCAUCUCGCCCAGCACCAUCCUCUGUCUCUUUGGCGAGUGGUUCCUUCCGUCGUGCGAGAUGCCCAUGUCUCGCGACUUCGACGCAGCUCAAGCCAUCGCGUUGGAAACACUCUGUCUCGUGUGUACCGCCAAGGGCCGCGAUGUCCUGCUGCCGUCCCACGUCGCCAUGUUUUGCCGGGUACUCCACGCCGCGCUCCAAGACACGACCAACAUCCGGGUCCUCUCGACAGUCAUCAGACACGCGUCGACCGUGUUUGGCCGAUGCGCCCCGGGCAUCCACGUGCUCGUACCCGCCUUCUUGCACGCGAUCGACGCCCUCACGCUGUUUUACACGUCCUUGUCGUCAUCUGGUGGUGGUAGUAGCUCGGAAGCCGACUGUCUUGCGUGCGUCGAGCUGUUGUUUGGGAUGCUGGCAUUGCCGGGGCAGUACCCGCACGUCAUCCACGAAAGCUGGCGCGCCAAGCUCCACGACGUUGCGUCGACCCAUGGACGAGUUGGCAGUGGCGACACGGUGCUGCCGCACUUGGCCGAGUUUGACGUCGAGUUGCAUGCGGUGGCAGCGACGUGCUUUCAGCGCCUCGUGGAUUUGGAGCAGGACCGUCCACAUCGGACAACGUCGACGGAAGUCCGCCAGCGCGCGCUAUGGGGCGUCUACCUCCUCGUGGUGCUCCAACUGCACUCGGUGCCGACUACUGAUCAAGGUAGUCUUCUGCACCCACUGGUCAAGACAUUGGUGAUCUACCUCUGCGACACGUGUGCGUCCCGCGACGUUGCAUUGUCGCAGACGGGCCUCGCCGCGGUGCAUGCAUUGCAUGUGUACCAUGCCACGUUACUUAGCCACGAGCCUGGCCUGGUGCAGCACAUUGUGAUGGCGCUGUCGUUGCUCGUGCAGCAGCAGGUCGAAGACGCGUCCACGGUCAUUCGUGACCAUCUGGAAGGUUCGCCCCCCAUAGACUAUCAGAUGGCACCCCCGCUGCAUUUCCAAGGCCAGCGCGGCCACAACGGAUCGCCCACAAAUCAUCCCCCCCAAGACAUGACCCCGCCCAUGUCGAGAGGGCGGAAACGAUCCAAUUCGUGGUCCGCCCCAGACAAACCGAGCGGGUCGGACAUCCCAUCGAACCAGUCAAAGCAGCAGCAGUCUGGGGACGGACUUCAGACGAUCGCCAACAAGAGCCGCGCCAUCUUUGAAGGACUCACCGACUGGCUAAUGCGAUGCACGUCGCUCCUGGAUGACCCCGCCGUGCUCAAGCUGCUCUUCCAAGCGCUCGAGGCGGCGCUUAUCGGCAGCAUCCCCACGACGUCCGAGUGGCAGACGGCCGUCGAGGACGCACGUAAACGCAAACGCAACAUGGACACGCCGCUGCUGUUCCUUGGACUUGCCAUGCGCGUGUCGCUUGACCCCGACAGACACAAGACAUCGCUCCAGUGCUUUGCGGACAUUGCGGCAGCGGCAGAAGGCUUUUUGAUGCACCUGUUGCACCAUUUGCAUGGGUUCCCGUCGCCGGCCGGCAUUGACCAAUUCGUGUCGACAUGCACCGAAUUCGACGACAAAGCCAACGACAACAUGACGUCUCUGAGCUUUGUUUACUUGAAUUCGCUCGUGUUGACCGUGGUGGGAAGCGUGGACGCGGCAACGGCGCGCAUCGUGGUGCGGGAUGUCACUGGGACGUUUACAUGGGAUGCGGUCGUCAUGCCCGGUGUAUCUGCGGAACAUCUGGUCAGUCGUCAUCAUGUGGCCCCCCCUAUCCCGUCGGUGGAAGCCCCCACUCGUCUGGACCAAGUGCAGCAGCCGUGGGACCGCCCGUUGGUUUCCGAACACGACCGCCGCGAGCGUCUCGAGGUCGUGAUGGACCACGCGGUGGUGCACGCCAACAUGCCCCCCGUGCCAGCGUCCAACAUGUGCAGCAUCUGCGGCGGUCGCGUGGUGCCUACUAGUAGCAGCAGCAGCGUGGCACCGACUCCUCCGUCACCCCCGACUUUGCUUCCGUUUCCAGUCGCCAACAAAGUCGUCGUCAAAGGCAACACGCUGCCGUCCAUGCCGCGAUACAUGUUCCACAGUGAAUCCCACCCUGGCUUGACCGCUCCCGGCAGCAACUUUGACGUGUACGUGUGUCAGUGCCGCGCCACAUUUGGCACGUCCGUCCCCGACGACUCGCGUUCGACGUCGUCGACUGCCGAUGCGUCUGACGACAAAGCCCCCCCGUUGCCGAUUUGCGAUUUGUUUACUAUUGACGCCGAUCACGAGUACAUUGGGUCGUUGGAUCAUGAACGGUCGCUGCUCGAGCUUCUCGUGGACAGCAUUCCGAUGCAGUACCGCGACUGCGGCGGCGACCUCAUCGACAAGACGCUGCUCGGUGGACGGUACACGAUGCAGCGGUACUUGGACAUGGAGUGGGACGAGCGCCGGACGAGGUCGCGCGUGGGACCCAUGCACAAAGAUGCAUCGGCCGAGCCCGGGUUUUCUUUCUUCCAGCGGCUUGUCCACGACGACGAGUGCUACGCGUACUUGAAAUCGUUCUUGGCCGAGGACAAGGACCCCCGCGGCCGCUACUUGGUCGAAUUCUGCGACGCCCUGAAAAAGUACGAGCGUUCGUUUGACGGGAACGACCGACUAAGCCAAGCGAGUUUAUUGUAUUGGGAGUACUUGUCCAGCGAAAGCAACUUUAGCGUCAAGUUCCCGUACGGCAUCGCUUCCAAAGUCCAGCAAGCCAUCCAAGUAGCUGCGUCAAAGGACGCAAGUACCAGCCGACCACCACAGCAGCAGCAGGUGCUGCCGCUGACUCUGUUUCAGCCUGCCCUGGACGUGGUGGAAGCCACGCUGGGCUUCGACGACGGCAACGGACGGGGCCUCCUCGAUCGCUUCAUUGUAUCAUUGAACGACCACCUCGCGAGGAAGCAACUGCCGUCGCAUCCAGACGGAGGAGACGCUUGGACGACCAACGUGCCGAUUCCGCAUCAACUGCUGCUCUACGAUGCGUUCAAUGUGAUGGAACUGAACGUGCGGAUUUGCGCCGAGACGCUGCAUGUCAAAGCCAGCACCACGACCAACACUCUGCUCCACCCCAAGGCCACCGCGGCCCUCUCGGCCCCGUCGCCAUCGACCCGCCUCGCGCCCCUCGACAUGUGCCGCCUCUUCCUCGGCCACGUCGGCAUCCUCCCCAAUGACGUGGUGGCAUCCCACCACGACGUGCAGCUGCUGGACAACGGCGUUAAACUGGAGAGGUCGCUCAAGCACCUGGAUAAGGCGCCGAGCCGCGAGACCAUGAAGAUUGGCGUCGUGUACGUCGGCCCUAAUCAGUCGACGCAGAUGGAAAUCCUCGGCAACGACCGCGGCAGCCCCGCGUACGAGCGAUUCCUUCGUCAAAUGGGCUGGGAGGUGGACCUAUCGACGCAUCGAGGGUUUGUAGGCGGCCUGGACGUGAACCCCAAGUCGUUGUCGAAUGGCGCGACGGCGCUGUACUUUGCGACGUCGACUGCCGAGCUCAUCUUUCAUGUGGUGACGAUGAUGCCGACGCGGGAGGCCGACCCGCAGCAAAUCGACAAGAAGCGGCACGUCGGCAACGACUACGUACAUGUUGUGUGGAGCGACAACCUCCGUGCGUACAAUCAAAGCACAAUCACGAGCAACUUCAAUUUCGUGCAAGUGGUGCUGUUUCCGCUCCAACAUCCGACGUACGACGGCCUCGUGCUGGUCGAAGUGCUUACGAAACCCAACGUGCCGCUGUUUGGCCCGCUUAUGACUGGCAUGGUUGUGAGCGAGGCGCAAUUGCCAGACCUCGUUCGACAGGUUGUUGCACUUACUUGUCCUUCUUGUAGUACCCUUCGAACGAUAUGAUAGUUUUAUGCACAAACCACCCCCAUGUACUUAACUUGUGUGUGUAGACGGUGAUGAAUGCGAAUCGAGCGUGUCGGCAGCAGACGCAGUGGUACAUGGCGCCGUACACGACGCGGCGCAAGCUGAUUGAAGAAGUGAUCGAGCGAUAUGCGAUGCCGUACAGCGAGAAGAGCAUGCUCACGAGCUUGUUCAAGAUCCCGUCGUCCCCGUCUGAAGGCCACAGCUUAUAGACAUUACUAUAGUACUACUACUACUACU